AUGAAGGUCACCUUCAAGGACUUGAAGCAACAAAAAUUCACGCUCGAUGUUGAGCCCACCGACCUUGUCUCUGCUGUCAAGCAGAAGAUUGCCGGAGAGAAGGGAUGGGAUCCCAAGGACCAGAAGCUUAUCUACUCUGGCAAGAUCUUGAAGGACGACGACACUGUUGAGUCCUACAAGAUUGAAGAGAAGGGAUUCGUCGUCUGCAUGGUCAACAAGCCCAAGGCACCCAAGCCCACACCUGCCGCUGAAUCCUCGGCGCCCGCUGUCCCGGCGACUCCCGCUCAGCCCGUCGCCGCGACUCCGGCCGCACCUCCCGCUCCCGCUGCUCAUGCUGCCGCGCCAGCCGCCGCUCCCACCACGCCCACCCCCGCUGCCAGGACCACAGGCGGCGGCGAUGCUGGACCCACGGACCCGUCGAUGGCCAUGGGCGCCCAGCGCCAGGAGGUGAUUGCGAACAUGGAGGCCAUGGGUUUCGAACGUGCUCAGAUCGACGCCGCCAUGCGUGCCGCCUUCUACAACCCCGACAGAGCCGUCGAAUACCUGCUCAACGGCAUCCCCGACAGCGUUCAGGAGGAGCAGCAGCAGCGACAGGCUGCCGCCGCCGCCGCCCAGCCCGCCCAGCCCGCCGCCGGUGCUGCCGGUGCUGCCGGCGCCGACGACGAUGGAAACGUCAACCUUUUCGACCUCGCCGCCCAGGCUCGCGGUGGUGGUGGCGGUGGACGUGGAGCCCCCGCCGGUGGCAACACACAGGCUGCCGCUGCGGCUGCGGCCGCCGCUGCCGCCCAGGGUGGUUUCGGCAAUCUGGACUUCCUCAGAAAUAACGCCCAGUUCCAGCAACUGCGCCAGGUUGUCCAGCAACAGCCUCAGAUGCUGGAACCCAUCCUGCAGCAGCUCGGCGCCGGCAAUCCCCAGCUUGCCCAGCUCAUCGCCAACAACCCCGAUCAGUUCCUGCAGCUCCUCGGUGAGGAGGUCGACGAUGACGUCCCUCUGCCCCCCGGCGCGCAAGCCAUCCAGGUCACCGAGGAGGAGCGUGACGCCAUCGAACGGUUAUGCCGCCUCGGCUUCGACCGCGACGCCGCCAUCCAGGCCUACUUCGCCUGCGACAAAAACGAGGAGCUCGCGGCGAACUUCCUGUUCGACCAGCCCGACGACGAUGAAGGGCCCCAGAACUAA